AUGCCCUCCCCAACCGCACUCCAUCCGCUUUUUGUGUACGGCACCCUCCUCACCGGCCUCCCCAAUCACGCCCUCUUCUCGUUAGCCGACAAAGUCACCCAUGUGCGAGGCGCGAUCCUCAAACGACACGAUAUGUAUUCCCUCAACGACUGGUAUCCGGUCAUCGUCGAGGCGGGGGGAGGGGAGGAGGCGGAGGCGGCGGAGGUGCGGGGUGAAGUGAUGUACUUUGCUGAAGAACACUAUACAUCCAUCCUGAUGCGACUGGACGAGCUUGAGAGUUACCACGGACCCUCGUCAAACUCCAACAUGUACAUCCGUGCAGAGGGAAAAGUCACAUUAACGUCGCCACCGGUACCAUUAGCAGCAGCCGCAAAGCUAUCAUCACUAGAGACCCCUCAGGAGAAGGAAGGAGAAGAAAUACAGGUUUACUACUACCGGUGGAAUAGACCCCUGGACCCGCAGUACUUCAAGAGGAUAGAGAGUGGGGAUUGGAAGGAGCAUAUAGACGCGAUACAGCGGAAGACGAGUAAGCAGCAAGACGGGAUUGCGGGCACUGCAGCAAGACGGGAUUGCGGGCACUGA